AUGGAGCGGGCUUUGCCACCGCUCAUCUCAAGAACAAGCACCCGGUCCAACACGAGCUCAAUGAGUGCAAUGAGUGCAUCGACCGUUAAGAGACCAUUGGAACAGAGUAGUUCUCCCAUGGCUCCUGCUGCCAAGGGCAGCAAACCCGGUCGUAAACCACUAGAUGAGGAGACAAAGAACAAGCGUACUGCUCAGAAUAGAGCAGCUCAGAGAGCUUUUCGUGAACGUAAGGAGAAGAAAAUGAAGGAAUUGGAAGAUAAAGUGCAAAGCCUCGAGCAAGCGAAUCGUGAUACAGUCGUUGAAUCAGAGUUUCUACGUUCUCAGCUGCUUACACUUGUCAACGAGUUGAAAAAGUAUCGUCCUGCCAAGGCUAACGAUUUACAGGUACUUGACUACCUUGCAAAGCAUGAGCGUACAGAACCUACGGAUAAGGAAAUAGAGCAAAGUGUACAGAAAAAGAUGGAUUUUACGUUUGCUUUCCCAUGGAAGGACCGUAAAGAAGCAGAGGCACAAGCACAACAUUUCCCUUCGCCGGGUUCGUCGAUGCUUUCGUCUUCUUCGGCGUCCGUAAACUCGGCUGCCUCGCCGAGCAAUAAACGAAGGUCUACCGCUUCGCGAUCAACUUCUACUUCUACGUCCACCACAGGUUGGAUGGACAACGUUUUUUACAGUGACGAUGCACAAAAAUUACCACAAUUUGCCAUCAAAGGGGAUUCUACUGCGGACCCUCUGUUUUCAAAUGAGUUCAAUUUCGAUGAUCAGUUCGAUGAACAGGUUUCACAGUUUUGCACAAAGAUGAAUAAAGCUUGCGGGACGCGGGAAUGUCCCAUACCUGGUUUUACCCCCCAGAUGGCUUCUCCACAGGUGGCAUCACCACAGAUUCUUACAAAUAGUUGGGAUACCGUGGCUUCACCAGCGUUUGGUCAACAAAGUCUUGCUCCAUCAAAGAAACAGCUAACGAAAACACCACCAUCACAACCCGAACUGCCCUUUAUCGACCCUACCAUGGCUUUUCCUACAGACGAUGACGAAGGGCUGUUCUUCCGAACGCAUCGAGACGAAAAUAGCCUCUUUGCCGAGCUCCUAGAUGAAGUCGAGCCUACAGAUAAUAAUUUCGUCAAUGAAAACCUAAUAAACGAAGAGCCGUCUACAACUACUGCUGUUGCUGAAGAAACGCGACCUAAGCCCAAGACAGAGACUGACGUUGUCCCCUCACGCGACGGUAAACUACUCAAGUGUUCCGAAGUUUGGGACCGUAUCACUACACAUCCGAAAUACUCGGCCAUCGAUAUCGACGGCCUGUGCGGUGAACUUAUGACCAAGGCCAAGUGUUCCGAGAAAGGAGUAGUCGUCCAAGCUGAGGAUGUCCAGCGCGUACUCGAUAAGCACAUGGACGUGUAA